AUGGCGUCUUCAUCUAAACAACAAGUUGGUUCGUCUUAUCAACAACAAGAACAAGAUCAACAGCAACAACAGAAUGUUCCUCAGAAGACCUGUCUGAUUCCUUUGAAUGAAUUAGAAGUUAUUGUUGAAAUGAUGGUGGAUUUUAAUAAUCUGGAAAAACAUGACAUUCAUCUGACGGAAGACAUGAAAUUUCAAGGUUGGGAAGCAUUCUUCUAUCGUUUGUGUGGACCAGUCUACCCAGAUUUAGUUAAAGAGUUUUGGGUUCACGCUACAAUCAUGCCAAAGGCUAUUCUGUCGUUUGUUCAUGGCGAAGAAAUCUCAAUUACUGAAAAUCUUCUCAGAAAAUUGUUUGGUAUGGAAAUUGUGGAAGGUGCUUCUGGAGCGAUUAUUGGAAUAAUAGAUUGGGACGCUGUUUACACAGAAAUCUUCAAAUCUAGAAAAGAGACUGGUUGA